AUGGCUUCCACGGGCUCGUCUUCGAAAUCCUACUCGCUCGCCGUAGUAGGCGGUGGGAUAUCCGGCCUCUGCCUCGCCAUAGGCCUCCUCCAGUACGAUAUCCCGCUUACGAUUUACGAAGCCGCACCACACUUUGGCGAAAUUGGUGCUGGGGUUGCGUUUGGACCUAAUGCCGGCCGUGCCAUGGAGCUCCUGUCUCCUAAAAUAUACCAGGCUUUCUUGAAAUGCAAGACAGGCAAUGCGGACAAUUCCAAGUCCGACUCAUGGUUCACGAUACGGGUGGGUGAUGCUAGGAAAGAAGACAAGGAAGGAUACGUGAGGGAAGGCAAGAAGGUCGGCGAUGCCCUGUUCGAUGUGCCUAUGCACUCGGGAGGAGGACGCGGCGGCGUGUACAGAGCCCACUUCCUUGACGAACUCGUCAAAGAGAUGCAUGACGGUGUUGCCAAAUUCGAUAAGAGACUUGUAGAGCUGGGCGAGGCUCAAGAUGGCUCUGGAGAUGUAGUGCUCACGUUCGCUGACGGUUCCACCGCACAACACAGCGCUGUAAUUGGAUGCGACGGCAUCAAGUCUUUAACGCGAAAGUGGCUAGUUGGGAGAGAUAACCCUGCCUCCAAGGCUGUAUUCUCCGGAAAGUACGCUUAUCGAGGGCUGAUACCUAUGGAUGAAGCUGUGGAGAUACUGGGCGAUGAUGCAGCGCGGAACAGCCAGAUGUAUCUUGGAUACCAUGGCCACUUGCUCACCUUUCCAAUUGCGCAUGGCAAAACGAUGAACGUGGUUGCAUUUAGCUCUCGCGAUACCUGGGAAGACGAGAAGUGGGUUGUGGCCACAUCGAAACAGGAAAUGGAAGACGACUUCCAAGGCUGGGGCCCACAUGUCACGAAGAUUGUCAAGGCCAUGCAGAAGCCAGACAUCUGGGCGCUGUUCGAGCAUCCACCCUGCGACACAUACACGAAGGGCCGCGUUUGCUUGCUUGGAGAUGCAGCGCACGCGACCACGCCUCACCAAGGGGCUGGUGCCGGCCAGUGUAUAGAAGACUCUUACAUCCUCGCCAAUCUGGUCAAGGACGCGAACGACGUCAAUGGUUUGCAGCGAGCAUUCAGCGCCUUCGACCAAGUCAGACGAGAGAGGACGCAGAAGAUCGUGAAAACAAGCCACGAAGCUGGUCAAAUGUAUGAAUUCGAACUGUUCGGGGACGACCUUGACAAAAUUGAGGAAAGCUAUAAGCAUAGAAUGCGAUGGAUCUGGGACAUUGACUUAGAGGCGCAAUUGGAGCAAGCGCAGCAGAUCAUGAAACAAUGA